AUGACUAACUUUAUUCUUCUUGUCACCGUGCUAGCCGCGGCUGUUGCCGAGGGUGCUCCGCUUGCUCAGCAUCAAACCCUUCCCUCAGGAAUUGCCUCUCCCGGCGGUGCCGGUGGACGAGGUGGAUUAGCUGGACUCUUGGGUAAGGGCAAGGGUAAAGGGAAUGGCCACGACCAUGGGAGCAAUUCUGGCGACCCUCCUGGUGGAAGCCCAACCUCUUCCACAGGCUUUGGUGGACCCGGGGGGUCUAGAUCCAGCGGAACCCCCGACCUUGGUGCAAUUUUCGGGAAAGGAAAAGGCGGUGCUCGUCCCAGCGGAAUCCCUGGCCUCGGUGCGAUUUUGGGCACGGGCAAAGGCAAAGGGGGUGCGGGCAACCUUGGGGGCGUGCUCGGUGGUGCCGAUGGAGGCGAGGCCGGCGGUGCUGGCGAUGCUGGCGGAGACGCAUCCGAUAGCUCUGGGCUUGCCGGCUUGCUAGGUGGCGCCAGCGGCGGAGAAUCCGGGAGCGCAUCUAGCGAGACUACCCUCGAGCCGGCCACCGACCCCUCUGUUUCUGAAGGGAGCUCCAGCGGCGCGAGUGGAGAUGGACACAGCCACUCCCAUGGUGCUCGCGAUGAAGAUGUUAUUGAUGGGCUCAUUGCUCGCAUGGUUUCCGACUCCCACCCGACUGUUAAGCGUCAACUCAGUGGACUCCUCGGCGGAAUUGGCAGCGGUCUGAACGAGCUCCUCGGAGGACUCGAUAGCGAUACCGAUGGGAGUGGACUCCUCGGCGAAGUUGGCAGCGGCCUCAACGAGCUCCUCGAAGGAGUCGGUAGCGAUAUUGAUGAGAGUGGUGGACUUAGCGGCCUUCUGUCUGGCGAUAGCCUUGGAGGACCUAGCGGUGGCCUCGGUGGUGCCUCUGGCGGCGGUGGGUCAGGCGGCUCUUCCUCCACCGGCACCGGCUCCAGCGGCUCUUCCUCCGGUACCGACUCCUCUACUGGCUCUGGUUUGAGCGGCAGCUUGAGCGGAGGCUCCGGCUUGGGUGGACUUCUCGGCAGCGCUGGUGGAGAAAGCUCAGGCAGCUCGUCCAACAGCACCGGUUCGGCCACCGGCGCAGAGACUGGCUCAUCCACCGGUGCAGGGACCGACGCAGAACCCGCUGCUGGAGGCGCUUCGGAAAGCUCUGAUGGACAUUUUGCAGGUGCAGGCGGUCACAGCCACGGCUAGAUGGUGAGGUUCGACAUCACCAGUACCACGGACACGGUUAUUCGGACAAUGCAAAGGUGGUGGGAAACAUUUCAAUUGAGCAUGCCAUUGAAGUGGCCUAAGACUGUAUCUUAGUCGUUGUGUUGUAUGGCAAGAAACAUAUCACAAUACGGGGAGU